AUGUCGAGUUUUCGUUCGCGUUUAACAAGCUUUUUUAACGCUUCCAAAUCAUCGUCUUGGACAGACCUCGAAGGGUCGGUCGCUGGUAACUCGGAUGGCAAUGACCAGUCAGCUUUGAAAAUCCGUUCAAAAAAGGAGGAACUUGGUUUCCUGGAGCUUGUACCUGGGAUUGAUCCUGUCGUGGACAUUAUCGCCAUCCACGGCCUGGAUGGCCACAGGGAAAAGACAUGGAUGGCAGAGAAUGGCACUCUCUGGCUUCGAGAUCUGCUACCAGCUGACCUACCCAACGUCCGAGUCCUUGCAUAUGGCUACGACGCUGAUACUCGCAGUCGGGAAUGCGUCUCGACACAGACGAUAUACCAGCAAGCGGAUAAAUUUGUCAAAUCUCUCACACGAGAACGCAGCAAUGCUCCGCGGCGGCCGAUUAUAUUCGUGGCGCACAGUUUAGGCGGUAUCGUGCUGAAACAAGCUAUUAUUCUUUGUCAUAACCAGACUCUGAACUCGACCAACAAAUUGCGGGAUAUAUUGGUUUCCACUCAUGCUGUUCUGUUCUUCGGAACGCCUCACUCCGGGGUUAAAGGUGCCGACCUUUUGGAGGUUUUGAACCGACUGUUGUCAGUGUACAUGAAAACCACCAACGUUAUCCUCCAACAUCUGAAGGAGAAUUCGCCAGAACUGGAGAACAUACAAGGUCUAUACAUUUCCGCGAGCGAGAAAAUUCAUACCGUUUUCUUCUAUGAGAUUGUACCACGUCACUCGGCAAUACUCGCCGGGGAUCGUCAGGCAACUGAAGAAGGACUAUACGCGGAUCACUGCGAAAUGGUCAAGUUCCCCGAUAAAUACCACGGGGACUAUAAGACGGUCCUCUCAUAUCUCAAGCAGUAUAUUCAAGGUGCCAUCGCCGCAGUAACGGAUCAAUGGUCCGCGGAGGAUGCACAUCGAGUCGUAGCAAGGGGAUACAAUCCCCAAAAUGCCAUCCAACCUAAGGCCCGACCAUCUGUGUCGAGAAGUUAUGUCGAGCGAGAGCAGAUCCAAUCUCUUAUCACCCAAAAACUACUGCCGCAUGGGGAUCUACAGAACCAACCGCGGUGUGUCCUUUACGGACUUGGAGGAGCAGGUAAAACCCAGCUCGCGGCGAAAUGGAUUCGGGAACACGAAAGCAGUUUCACGCGAAUAAUUUGUGUCGAUGCUUCCAGUCAGACCCAACUAGAGGCAGACUUGGAGCAGUCAAUUCGUUCCUUAGGCCCAGAAUACAGCGCCAUGACAUGGGAAGAUGCAGUCGCAUAUCUCGAUGAUAAGGAAAAGGGAUGGCUGCUUUUUGUAGACAACGCCGACUCUCCGAUUCUUGAACUCAGUCUCUACCUUCCGACUUCGAUUCAUGGGACAAUCCUCAUUGCCUCAAGGAACAGCGAAUGUGCCAGCUACGCUCCAGACUCUGCUGUUUCUGUCGGUAGUCUGGAAAAAAGUGAAGCAGUGAAACUUCUGCACUCUGUCGCCAAUAUCGCGCCUACCUCCGACACCGAAUCCUUGCAGAUUGCCGAAGAGCUGGGGAUGUUUGCGCUUGCAAUUACGCAGGCUGGAGCGUAUAUCCGCAAGACUCGACGUCUUGAUAAAUAUCUAGAUACAUUUCGUGUUCAUCGGAAGCAGCUUUUGAGCAAGGGCCCGGAUAUUGGCAAAGAGUAUACGUCGUCGACAUAUGCCGCGUUCAACCUCUCUUUCAACGACUUGCCGAAAAAUGCACAGGAAGUCUUAAAACUAUGCGCAUUCCUCUACCACUCAUCUAUUCCCGUGUCCCUAUUCGAGAUCUCUGCGAAGUCCGGUUUCUCGACAUAUACGGUUCGGAAGGGCUGUCCUCCACCAGAGAGUGAUAUAACUCUCAUCUCGAGCAUUCAGGGAGUCCUAGGCGUGAACUGGGACCCGGUCGUGUUCCAGCAGCUCGUUGAGUUGGCCGCCCGGGCCUCAUUUAUCGAGGCUUCAACGGACGGACUGUUCUACAACGUCCAUCCCCUCCUUCAAAUGUAUAUCAGAGACUGCAUCAACGAGGAGGGAGAUGAACGUUACGCGCGUAUGGCUGCGCAACUCCUACUUGGUGCGAUCCGACCGUCGGAGGGGGGCAAUGCCCAGCUUUGGCAACUGCUCCCUCAUGUAAACAAUAUCCCUCGUUCCAUUCAGUCAGAGAGUGUGGCUCAUGCACUUGCUUUCUUUGAGCUCUACGACUCUUUAGGUGACUGGAAGGCCUGUCAGGAGUUGUUGGAACCAACUCUUGCUCAAGUUCAACAAAAUCGAGGUGAAAAUGACGAGGAUGUGAUCUGGUUAAAAGCUCAGCUAGCCAGUGCACUACAGAGCCUCGGAGAGGUGGAGAGAGCAGAAAGGAUUCAGCGCGAGGUACUUGACCUGCAGAUUAAAACCAUCGGACCACAUCAUACAGACACUAUAUCGGCAAUGAGCGAUCUUGCGGUCACCCUGUCAGAAAGUGGCAAGCUAGAUGAAGCCGAAGAAAUUCAACGAGAAGUACUCGCCCGACGGCUUGACACCCUUGGAAAACGACAUCCAGACACUAUCUGGGCUAUGAGCAAUCUUGCAAGCACCUUGUCUGACCGUGAACUGUUAGACGAGGCGGAGACGAUUGAGCGAGAGGUGCUGGCUCUGCAGCUCGACGUCCUUGGGCCAAGGCAUCCUGACACGCUCUCAGCAAUGAGCAACCUUGGGAAGACUUUGUCCAGCAUUGGCCGGCUGGAUGAAGCGGAGAAGAUCCAACGGGAUGUACUUUCUCUGCGUCUUGAAGUCCUCGGACCACGGCACCCACAUACUGUCUCCGCAAUGAAUAAUCUUGCAAAUACCCUCUCUGACAGCGGCCAGUUUGAUGAAGCAGUAAAGCUUCAGCGAGAGGUCCUUACUCUGCGGCUCAGUUUGCUUGGACCACGUCAUCUGGACACAGUUUGGGCUAUGAGCAAUCUUGGGAGCAUCCUGUCCGAAUGCGGUCGGUUGGACGAGGCAGAAAAGCUUGAGAGAAAUGUACUUGCUCUGCGGCUUGAUAUUCUGGGAUCCCACCAUCCAGAUACAAUCACGGCGAUGAACAAUCUCGCAAGCACGUUGUCUGACCAAGGUCACUUGGUUGAGACAGAGAAGAUGAAGAGAGAGAUACUGGCCCUGCAGGUCGAGACUCUCGGACCACGGCAUGCAGACACCAUCUCGGCAAUGGGCAGCUUAGCGAGCACCUUGUCCGACCGUGGUCAGCUCAAGGCAGGCUGA